AUGUCUUCUGUCCCUAUGUCAUCAGGCUCCAGCACUGGCAAGUGUUCACACUCUGAGAUGACCCAAGGUUAUUCAGCUCCUCCCUCCACCACUCACACUUCUGUGUUGCAGGUGAUGAAGCCAGAGUCGGAGAAGAAACCAAGGCUGUCAACAGUCAGUGGUAAGACAUGCCUAAGCACAAGCCAGAAGACCAUUCAAGAUACUACCAAUACUGCCAUGUUGAUGAAUCUUCAAGGCACUAUCAACCACCUGUCAGAUUCAUUGAACACAAACUUUGGCACUGACAAUGCUCAUGUAGCUGAACAUAGGUCGUGUAUGCCAAAGUUAAUGCAGUUGGCUGCAGGGAUCUUGAAGGAUGAUAAGGUGGUUUUCAUGCAUGUGUUCAUGAUGAAUGCAGCAGCAUGCGGCACAUUCUUAGAUGUUGAUGAUCCUGAGCCGUGCAAGGCAUUUUUACAGUCUAUGAUCAUCCACACCAAACAAGAGAACACUACCAUGUAG